AUGUCCGUCAGAAUGAAGAAAUGCAAAAAGCGGAACGCCAAAGGCCCGAACUACCUGAAAACCGCUAACGUCUCGUCGAAGAGCGAGACGCCCGAGGAUUCAUCGAAAGACGGCCCGCUGCACGUGGGCGACCACUGCAUGGUCCACCGGCAGGACGGCUGGUUCCAUCCUGCUGAAGUCUUAGAUACGAGGUUCAAUGAUACAGAAGAUUAUUUUGAGUAUUAUGUACACUAUGAAGAGCACGACCGAAGAUUGGAUGAAUGGGUACAGAGAGAUAGGAUAAUGAAUUCAAGAUCUGAUAUUUCUGAAACAAAUUCGAAACAGAAUGAUGAUAAUAGAAAUGUAGAUCUUCUGAAUCAGUCCGAUAGAAAGACGACAAGGAGCCAAAAACCAAGACUUGACAAGAUAAAUCAUGUUCCAAUGUCUUAUGAAGAAAUGGAUCCAACUACAGCUGCAUUGGAAAAAGAGCGCAAGGCGAUAACUAAAAUUAAAUACAUCAAUAAAGUACAGUUUGGAAAUUACGAAAUUGACACAUGGUAUAGUCCAUUUCCAGAUGAAUACGAAAAAGAAUCUAAAAUUUUGAUUUGUGAAUAUUGUUUAAAAUACUGCAAACUAGAAACAUCAUUCAGAUACCAUAUGAGCCAAUGCAAAUGGAAAAAACCACCCGGUGUUAAAGUGUAUCAUAAAGACUCAUUAUCAAUUUGGGAAGUGGAUUCCAGUCAACAUAAAUUGUACUGUCAGAAUCUUUGUCUAAUGGCUAAGUUAUUUUUAGACCACAAAACAAUCUGCUUUGAUGUUGAACCAUUUUUGUUUUACAUUCUUUGGAGUGUUGACGAAGCUGGUGGACAUUUUAUUGGAUAUUUUUCAAAAGAAAAAGAGUCACCAGAAUGCAACAAUGUAGCUUGUUUAUUAACAAUGCCACAAUUCCAGAAAAGAGGUUAUGGUAAACUAUUAAUAGCGUUCAGCUAUGAAUUGAGCAAGUUGGAAGGACUUGUAGCCAGUCCUGAAAAGCCAUUGAGUGAUUUUGGUGAAUUGUCAUACAGAUCUUAUUGGUCAUGGGCACUGUUGGACAUUUUUAAAAAUAAAUAUCAAUCUUUUUCAAUCGAAGAAUUAAGCGCAAUGACUAGUAUUGCCGAAACAGAUAUAAUUGCAACGCUGCAGUCUAUGGACAUGAUGAAGUACUGGAAAGGCGAACAUGUGAUUUGUGUGACGCCUAAGAUCAUUGAAAAGCUGCUUAGUUCAGAACAUUAUAAACCACCAAGAUUCACAUUGGAAAAAAGUGAUAUCAAAUGGACGCCAAAAAAGUACGAUCCUCUCCCAGGACCAUCCAGUAGGUCUUAAAGAUCACGAUCCUUACUUGGAUAUAGAAAUUGGCGUAGAUCCUGAAUAAACA